CCGUUGCCCUCUCCAAAUUACAGAAAUACAAAAUCGAAAGAUUUAUGCUUUCCAUUUGCCGCAUUAUCCCUUUUAUUUUUGAAUUUUAAUUUAAUUUUGGGGGGUUUUUUGGCGGGUUUGGGAGUCAAUACCUUCUUCCUUGUUUGUCUUUCUCCGCCUUGUUUGACCGAGUCGCCAACCCAUCGACGAUCCUUGAAGAAUCGUCCCCUUCCUCCUUCGUCUUCUUCCUCCAUCUCUUUCCCUUUCUGCUUUUCCGAAAAGCAGAAGCAGAAUCGCGAAAGCAAUCGAGAAUCGCAGAGAAGCCAAAAGCGUCGAGAUUUUUCCUCUAAAUUUAGUGGAUCUGUGCUAAAUUUAGAGCGAGAGAAAUAAUAGGUGAAAUUAGGUUUAGGGUUUUGGGGAGGGAGGAGAGAGGGUAGGAGGAGCGAGGGAGCCGUAAUUUCGCCGGCUCCGCCAAGAUGAUGAUAAAUCGGGGACUGUUCGGGUGGUCCCCGCCGCACAUACAGCCCUUGACGCCGGUCUCAGAGGUGUCGGAGCCGCCAGAGUCGCCUUCGCCGUAUAUGGAGCAGAGUAACGACGCGUCGGCUCAGCCGAUGGAGCAGGAGGAGGAGAUGGAGGAGCAGGAGGAGAUGGAGCCGCCGCCAGCUGCCGUGCCCUUCUCGAAGCUGUUCACCUGCGCUGACCGGCUCGAUUGGGUUCUGAUGACUGUUGGGUCGCUUGCCGCGGCGGCUCACGGGACGGCUCUGGUGGUGUACUUGCACUACUUCGCUAAGAUUAUUCAUAUACUCUGGGUCGAGCGUGACCACAAGGGCGAGCCGCCGCCAAUGAACGACGAGCAGUUCCAGAAGUUUAUGGAUCUUUCUUUGUCCAUCGUUUAUAUUGCCGCUGGUGUUUUUGCUGCUGGUUGGAUUGAGGUCUCAUGCUGGAUUCUGACGGGAGAACGCCAGACUGCUGUCAUCAGGUCAAACUAUGUUCAAGUAUUACUUAACCAGGAUAUGAGUUUUUUUGAUACCUAUGGGAACAACGGGGACAUUGUGAGCCAAGUAUUGAGUGAUGUGUUGCUCAUUCAGUCUGCUCUUAGUGAAAAAGUUGGAAAUUAUAUUCAUAACAUGGCUACAUUUUUCAGUGGUCUCAUUAUUGGAUUCAUCAACUGUUGGCAGAUUGCGGCUAUAACAUUAGCCACCGGUCCUUUUAUUGUGGCUGCUGGAGGAAUAUCAAAUAUAUUUCUUCAUAGGCUUGCUGAGAAUAUUCAAGAUGCAUAUGCUGAAGCAGCUAGCAUUGCUGAACAGGCAGUCUCUUACAUUAGGACGUUAUAUGCAUUUACAAAUGAAACAUUGGCCAAGUAUUCGUAUGCUACAUCACUGCAAGCAACUCUAAGAUAUGGCAUAUUGAUAAGUCUUGUGCAAGGACUUGGACUUGGAUUCACUUAUGGCCUUGCCAUUUGUUCUUGUGCCCUGCAACUGUGGGUUGGAAGGUUCCUGGUUACUAGUCAUGAAGCUCAUGGUGGUGAAAUUAUAACAGCCCUUUUUGCUGUAAUAUUAAGUGGCCUUGGGCUGAAUCAAGCGGCAACAAACUUCUACUCAUUUGACCAAGGUCGAAUUGCUGCUUAUAGACUUUUUGAGAUGAUAAGUCGAUCAUCCUCUACUGUUAAUCACGAGGGAAGUGCCCUAGCGACUGUACAAGGAAAUAUUGAGUUUCGAAAUGUAUAUUUCAGUUAUCUAUCUCGUCCUGAGAUCCCCAUAUUGAGUGGUUUUUACCUCACUGUACCUGCUAAGAAAGCUGUAGCACUCGUUGGCAGAAAUGGUUCAGGAAAGAGCAGUAUUAUCCCCCUCAUGGAGCGGUUUUAUGAUCCAACUUUAGGAGAAGUUCUUUUGGAUGGAGAAAAUAUCAAAAACCUGAGACUGGAGUGGCUAAGAAGUCAGAUAGGGCUAGUCACACAGGAGCCUGCUUUGCUGAGUUUAAGUAUAAGAGACAAUAUUGCUUAUGGGCGGGAUGCUACAAUGGACCAAAUUGAAGAAGCUGCUAAAAUAGCGCAUGCGCAUACAUUUAUUACCUCACUUGAGGGAGGAUACGAUACACAGGUGGGAAGAGCAGGCUUAGCAUUGACGGAAGAGCAAAAAAUAAAACUUUCAAUUGCCAGAGCAGUACUUCUGAACCCCUCAAUUCUUUUGCUUGAUGAGGUCACUGGUGGACUUGAUUUUGAAGCUGAAAAAGCCGUUCAAGAAGCUCUAGAUGUCCUUAUGUUGGGGCGUUCAACUAUAAUUAUAGCUCGGCGGCUUAGUCUUAUAAGGAAUGCUGAUUACAUAGCUGUGAUGGAGGAAGGCCAACUAGUUGAAAUGGGUACCCAUGAUGAGUUAUUAAACCUGGAUGGCCUCUAUGCGGAGCUUCUCAAAAAUGAAGAAGCUGCAAAACUUCCUAGGAGGAUGCCAGUGAGCUACAAGGAAACUGCAACUUUCCAAAUUGAAAAGGAUUCUUUGGCAAGUAAUAGCUUCCAAGAACCAUCAUCUCCGAAAAUGAUGAAAUCACCCUCCCUUCAGAGAACUACUGGCAUGUUCCGGAUGGGUGAUAACACUUUUAACUCACAGGAGUCACCAAAAGCUAAGAGCCCACCAGCAGAGAAAGUGUUGGAAAAUGGUCAGGCCUUGGAUUCAGAAGAUAAGGAACCAUCAAUAAAAAGGCAGGAUAGUUUUGAAAUGAGACUACCAGAGUUACCCAAGAUUGAUGUCCAUUCUGCUAAUCACCAAACGUCAAAUGGUUCGGACCCUGAAUCCCCCGUUUCACCCCUUCUGACAUCUGAUCCGAAAAAUGAGCGGUCCCAUUCACAAACCUUUAGCCGCCCCCAUAGUCAUUCAGAUGACUUUCCCAUGAAAGUGAAUGAAGCAAAAUGUAGAAAUUAUAAGAAGGCACCAUCAUUUUGGAGGCUUGCACAACUUAGUUUUGCUGAAUGGCUGUAUGCUGUGUUAGGAAGCAUUGGUGCUGCUAUCUUUGGUUCUUUCAAUCCUCUUCUUGCUUAUGUAAUCGCACUGAUAGUAACAGCAUACUACAGAGUUGAUGAAGGUCGUCACUUGAAACCGGAAGUAGACAAAUGGUGCUUGCUCAUUGCUUGUAUGGGUAUAGUGACAGUCGUUGCCAAUUUCUUGCAGCAUUUCUACUUUGGUAUAAUGGGUGAGAAAAUGACUGAACGAGUUCGUAGAAUGAUGUUUUCAGCAAUGCUACGAAAUGAAGCAGGAUGGUUUGAUGAAGAGGAAAACAGUGCUGAUACCUUAUCCAUGCGCUUGGCCAAUGAUGCCACAUUUGUACGAGCUGCUUUCAGCAAUCGGCUGUCAAUAUUUAUACAGGAUAGUGCUGCUGUUGUUGUUGCUCUUCUUAUCGGGGUGCUGCUACAAUGGCGAUUAGCACUUGUGGCUUUGGCAACCCUACCCGUUCUCACUAUUUCUGCCAUUGCACAGAAAUUAUGGCUUGCUGGUUUUUCAAGGGGAAUUCAGGAGAUGCACAGGAAGGCAUCUUUGGUUCUUGAGGAUGCAGUUAGAAACAUUUACACUGUUGUAGCAUUCUGUGCUGGUAAUAAGGUAAUGGAGCUCUACAGGUUGCAGCUAAAGAAAAUAUUCAAGCAGAGUUUCUUUCAUGGAAUGGCCAUUGGCUUUGCAUUUGGCUUUUCGCAGUUCCUUCUUUUUGCCUGCAAUGCCCUUCUCCUCUGGCACACUGCACGCACUGUGAAAAAUAAGCAUAUGGAUCUACCUACUGCUCUCAAGGAGUAUAUGGUUUUCUCUUUUGCUACAUUUGCACUUGUAGAGCCUUUUGGGCUGGCUCCUUACAUCCUGAAGCGCCGAAAAUCUCUCAUUUCAGUUUUUGAAAUCAUAGAUCGAGUGCCGAAGAUUGAGCCAGAUGAAAACUCAGCGAUGAAACCACCUAAUGUUUAUGGAAGCAUUGAGUUGAAAAAUGUUGACUUCUGUUAUCCAACCCGCCCAGAACUGUUGGUACUGAGCAAUUUCAGUCUCAAAGUAAAUGGGGGGCAAACUGUAGCUGUGGUGGGAGUUUCAGGGUCAGGAAAGAGCACUAUAAUUUCUUUGAUUGAGAGAUUUUAUGAUCCAGUUGCUGGUCAAGUCUUACUGGAUGGUCGAGAUCUGAAAGUUUAUAAUUUGAGAUGGUUGAGGAACCACCUAGGUCUUGUUCAGCAGGAACCCAUUAUAUUCUCGACAACCAUUCGGGAAAAUAUUAUAUAUGCAAGGCACAAUGCUAGUGAGGCUGAGAUGAAAGAGGCAGCCAGAAUAGCAAAUGCUCACCAUUUCAUCAGCAGCUUGCCUCAUGGUUAUGAUACGCAUGUGGGGAUGAGAGGUGUUGACUUGACCCCGGGACAGAAACAGAGAAUUGCAAUAGCACGCGUCGUGCUAAAGAACGCCCCCAUCUUACUAUUGGAUGAAGCAAGCUCGUCCAUUGAAUCUGAAUCUAGUCGAGUGGUGCAGGAGGCUCUUGAUACAUUAAUCAUGGGGAACAAAACAACCAUUUUGAUAGCCCAUAGAGCUGCAAUGAUGAGGCAUGUCGAUAACAUUGUAGUUCUCAACGGAGGGAGAAUUGUGGAAGAAGGGUCCCAUGAUAAUUUAAUGUCAAAGAAUGGUCUCUAUGUCCGUUUGAUGCAACCACACUUUGGCAAGGGUUUGCGUCAGCGUCGCCUCGUUUAGGUUGAGGCCAUCGAUUGUUGAGAAUUCACGUUUGGUUCACCUGUACAGUUCUCAUUCUCUCGUUCUGGAUAGCUGGAGAUAUAUGCAACCAAUAAUGGCGUCAUCGUAGAAUAUUCCAAAGUGGACGGGGUCUGAGAAUGAGAAUCGGAGUGUUUAUAGCGGAAUGAGGCACGGAAUGCAGAGGCGGAUUCGUCGUCAUAUUGUUCAAAUCUAGGCUUCUAGGAAUAGGAUUUUUCGUUGGUGUUUGGUUGGUUAUUUGAGGAUUUGCUGUACAUCCUGGCCUAAGUCUCCAAUGGUAUAUUGAUUGGUAUCAAA